GGGGGGGGGGGGGGGGGGGGGGGGGGGGGGGGGGGGGGGGUGGGGGGGUCGGUGUGGGUGUGGGUGUGGGUGUGCGUAUCCACAAUGGAAAUACGCAUAUCCACCCACACCCACCCCCACACCCUCAUCGAUCAGAAAUGAAAUUACGUUUCAUUUAUUUUGUUAAUAUGUUGCAUAACCAUCGAUAAUAGUAAGAUUAACAUAAACGAAAAUCUUAUAUUCUCUUGUUUAUUCAAGCUUAUUUGGAUCAUACUACUGUCGUGACAUUUGGUGAUUCAUUAAGUGACACUGGCAAUGGUUAUCGAAUUUCAUAUCCUACUUGGCCAUCUGUACCACUGUUUAAUGAAAAUGGUAGUUACACAGAUGGUCUUACUUGGAAUCAAAUCCUCACUCAAAAAUUUUUAGAUCAAGCAACUUUGCAAGAUUUCGCAUAUGGUUGUGCUACAACUGAUAGUCAAUUAGUACAAGGAACAGUGGGUUACAAUACAAAUAUAAAUGGUAAUUAUUCAAUUCAAAAUAGUACGAAACCACCAGGCGUUCGACAACAGAUAGCCGAUUAUAUUAAUUCAACAAUUAAUAAAAAUAUUGAUUUUGAUCGAACACUUUAUGUCAUUUGGGGUGGCAUAAAUAAUUAUUAUUAUGAUCAAACAUUAACACCAUUGAAGACUGUACAGAGUAUUGUUGAAUGUAUGAAUCUUUUGAUAUUGUUCGGUACAAGAAAUCUAGUUGUUAUUAAUCAACCACCCUGGGAUCGAUCUCCUGCUUAUCGAAGUGAAACUACAAAUACAACAAAAAUUUUACAUCUGAGUCAUAAUAAAAUUUUAGCUGAAAAAAUCAAUGAAACUUAUUUAUCGUUCCAUACUCGACUGAAUAUUCGUUUGUUUGAUUGUUAUACAUUUAUUUCAAAAAUUAUGAAUAAUUAUACAACUUAUGGAUUUGAAAAUUUAGAUAACUGUUGGGAUACGGAAAGUAAUUCGACAACACUAAUUAAAUAUGAAAAUAUAACAAGAAGAAUAUUUGCUGAUGAAUUUCAUUUCACAUCAACAAUGCAUAUGUUAAUUGCAAAAGAAUUUGAUUUAAGUUUAGGAAUAUCAAACUCAACAUCUACAGGGUCAAAUCUAAUAUAA